AGCUGGAGCUACUCGAAGCCAGUCUAAUCUGCUCUCCUCGACUAUUCUCGUCCGAGUACGAGAUACAAGUUUCGAUUGGGACGCCUUGGACAAGUCGAUUGUAUCCGGAAGGUCAUCGAUUAUUUAUAUCAAGCUUCUUGAAUCCAAUGGCAAGUGUCUGUCAGGAAGCGAAUGACUGUCCUAGAGAUGAAUCUAAUCACGAUGGCCGAACAGAGAGAAAUUCUUCCGAACGCUACAGCAACGGCCAUCGGCAAAGUGGACUUCGUUCGUCGAGAAGGUUCUCCUUGCACGAUGCGUUGAGGGUGUCUGCUGCGUUUUGGAACCCGCGAUUUGAUAGCGAAGAACUAGAGAAAGAGUAUCGUCAGUACAUGUUUACUUACCAGCAACAACUGUUUCGAUACGGAUUAGUAUAUAUGUUCGUGGCUACUCUCGUCUGGAUGACUUACUUCGCUGUUGAAUUGAAGAAGGCUGAUGAUGGGAGACUGGGAAAGGCUGAUGAUGAGAGUAACUGUCUGGACAUGUAUAAUGACAUUUAUAAUGCGAAGGUAGGUAUGCAAGUGUUUGUCUCGGGAGCUGGUGGCCUUUGUCUAUGUAUCCUCGCCAUGUUUUUGUUCACUUUGUGGUCGGGGUACAGACAGUGGUGGAGAUGGGUAAAUGCAGGAUACGCAAUGUCGCUCUGUGUGGCACAGGUGGUGAUGACGUGGAUUUUCAACAAAUACUUUCCACAUUAUUCAGUACAAUCGAUAGAUAGCUGGCCAUUGCAGUUGAUGGUUGUGCUGUAUGGUUUUUGUCCUGUCUACUUGCCUGUCUUGUUGGGAAUUUCUUUAAUCUGGUUGGUUGCUCAUACAACUGUAGCACACUUUACAGCCCCAUACACUGAAAAUAUUGGCACUAAUGGUUCUCUUAUUGCUGGAAAUCAAGCUUUCAUCGUGUUCUUACUGGGGAUUGUAUUGGUCCACUUGCAUCUUCAGAAUGAGAGAAAUCAGCAUUCUAUUUUUUGGAAGACAGGGCAGUCUCUUUUGGCUAAGCAUGGCUUGCAGAUAGAGAAGAGACUGAAACAGCAAGUCAUCUUGUCUGUUGUACCGCGUAUGGUAGCAGCAGAUCUGCUAGACCCGGGUGAAAGCCAAGUAGCACGUUCUAGUUCUCAAACCUUUCGCCCGUUGACUAUGUCCAAAAUGGAUAACGUGAGCAUUCUUUUCGCUGACAUUGUUGGAUUCACAAAGCUGUCAGCCAAGAAGACUGCUGACCAGGUGGUUGGUCUUCUCAAUGAUCUUUUUGGUCGGUUUGAUCAACUUGUAGACAGAAUGGGUUGUGAAAAGAUCAGCACAUUAGGCGAUUGUUACUAUUGUGUAUCGGGAUGUCCAGAGCCACGUGAUGACCAUGCAAACUGCUGUGUAGAUAUGGGACUUGCGAUGAUUGAUGUAAUAGCUGAGUUCUGUGCUGACACAGGAGAAGAUGUCAACAUGCGAGUGGGAGUCCAUACCGGUACUGUGUUAUGUGGAGUGAUUGGAACAAAAAGAAUAAAGUUUGAUGUGUGGUCCAGUGAUGUUACGUUGGCUAACAAGCUCGAAACUGGAGGAAGUCCUGGCUGUGUCCAUGUAUCACAACAAACAGUAGAUUUCUUGGAUCGGAGGCAUUAUACAAUCAUACCUCAUACCAGCGUGCAUCCAGACCUACAAGGCGUAACGACUUUUCUUGUGACUGGAUCUCGAAGUCCCACUAGUCUAAGAAGAAAACGAUCAUGGCAUGAUCAUCUAAAUUUAAUACCUGACUCACCUCUAGCUUCCUGUGAGAGCAAACCUAAUUCUUCUUUGCCAAAUCAUCAAUUGUCUAACAUUCAGCCACCGUCAGAGCAAGCAGGGGUCAUUGAUCGUCGUGCAUCAGUCCUUUCCAUUUUUGGCCGGCGUAUGUCACUUAGUUGGAUAUUUGGCCUUGGAGUAUCACAACUGUCCUUUAACAGAGUGACUAUUCAGCAGCAUGACGACGAUCGAGACAAACUUUGUACAGUGUUUCCAAGGAGAGGAGACUCGAUUGGUGAAAUACUCAAAUCACAGAAUUAUUCACGGGAUUCACAACAUGUGCUGAUACAACAGAUACAGGAAAAGGCACAGAGUUUGGACUCAAUGCAAGAGUUACCUGUCAACUGGUGGACACUUUCAUUUAAUGAUCCUGAACUAGAGACAUCGUAUCGGAAAAUGUUGUCAGGUGAUACAAGUGAAGACAGCAGAGUCGAGUCACUAUCAAUGCUUAACUCAAGCAGUAAUGAAGAAACUACAUCCAAUAGUGGUUUUCAUUUCAUGUUGUAUCGUCCCAAAAUAGGAAACGUGCAUCAGAUGUCUGAUCCAGUUGUGAGUUUCAUUGCAUUUAUGGGAAUAAGUAUUGUGUGUUUUGUGGGCCUCAACAUUACGCACGCGUUUCUUGCUGUCUUCAUAUCAAUGCUAGUGCUAACGUCACUGCUACUUGGUGUCACACUCGCUUCUUCCGCGGUUACAGUAUUUCUUCGAUUGAUGCCAAAGGUGAAGAAAGUCACAUCCACAUUAUCGUUUCGUCAUGCAGAAGGACUAUUCAUGGUAAUGACUCCAGCAGCAUUGAUUUACAGCACUUUUGAUCGUACGAGUGAAGGUACUUGGGGCCAUAUCCGUGACUACUCAAUUUCGGUGUCUGCCGAAGUAUUUUGUAUCAUUUUGUGCUGCAACUUCUCACAGCUGUUUUGGUAUGUUAGAGCUCCAUUGGCAGUCACUCUGUCUGUUGCUCUUCAAGUGUAUGUGUACUACCAUGCACCCAGCCAUGUUCCUGGUUGUGAUAAUACAACAGAAACUUCACAAAAUGCGAAAAAUAUAUUUGUCAAUGCCGGUGUUCACAUUGACAUGGCUUGCUUGUUGUUGCUUGUUUGUAUCGUGUGUCGGAUGUAUGAGGUGACUUUUCGCCUUACAGCAAAGGCAAGCUUAGAUGCAGCUGCAGAGAAGAGUCAUGAAGCGCUGCUGCAUGACCAAGCACAAAGGUUGCUUCUCAACAUCUUUCCUGAUCAUGUGUUAGGUUGCCUUCGUGCUACUUGCGAGGUCUCCUUCAACUAUGAACGAGUUGGCAUCAUAUUUGCCUCUAUUUCCAAUUUCAAUGACUUUUACAGCGAGAAAUAUGAGCACGGUAGAGAAUGCAUCCGUGUUCUCAACGAAUUGAUAUCUGACUUUGAUGACUUGCUGGACAGGCCACGAUACAAAUACAUCGACAAAAUCAAAACUGUUGGCAACACGUACAUGGCCGCUUCAGGCCUGAAUAGAGAACUACAGCAGUCCUAUCAGAAUCCAGACAUACAUCUGCGAGGAAUGGUGAAUUUCGCUCUCGAGAUGCACAAUCUUGUCGAAAGUUUCAACUACAACACAUUUGGUUUCAAGUUUGUGCUUCGAGUCGGUUUCAAUGCAGGUCCUGUUACAGCUGGUGUUGUUGGAAGCACAAAACAACUUUAUGAUAUUUGGGGUGACACGGUGAACAUAUCAAGUAGAAUGGAGUCGACUGGUGUAGGUGGUAAGAUACAAAUGACUAAGCCUUGUUCUGAUGCACUCAGUGCCUAUUUUGUGUUUGAGAAACGUGGAACAGUUUUUGUAAAAGGUGUUGGUGAUACAGAGACAUACCUUGUUGUCGGUAGAGUAUAACAGUGAUUCCGACUUUGUCUGCUCAACGCUCUAAAGUUGGUAUGUAGAAACUUUGUAUAUUUGUAAUGGGAAGAGAUCCAAUAAAGAUCUAUUCAUAUAUUACACAGCAGACAUACAAACCCUUGUUAAUUACC